AAGGACCGAGAGACCUUCAAACCCAAGUUGGCAAGGAAAUCAGAAUUACUCACAAAUCCUGAGAUGGAUGAGUCCUUUUAUUAUCGUUUGAAGACGAUAAAGAACUCCAGAGCAUCGAAGUCAAACAUCGAUCCAAUUGAGAAAAUUUACCGAAGUCAAACCUUUAAAAUUCUUGAUCUUGCUAAACCGUUGCUUUAUUUACAUAGCCGUGCUAAUUUGAAGAAAAAGUCGAGAUCAGACGCCAAGGCAAUCAAGAUCGCACUGAGACUCUGGGCCACGCUAUUAAACGACGUCACCAGAGCACGUCGACGCAACAUUUUGACCCAGAUUUAUCCCGGAUUCACCAGUUUGCUGGAUAACAAGAAGAUUCUCCCAGCUGACGGCGGGGAGCAUCUGUUUGGCCCAAAAUUCAUCGGUGAGCUGGUAGACCAGAUGAAGACAAUGAAUACCAUGGAUAUUCAAGCAGGUGAUAAGAGUGGGGUGGUUCCAGUUACGCCACUUCAGAGACCAGCCAGGGCAUCCACUUCAGCAGCGGCAUAUGGUGGUAGCUCGCAGUCUAACAACAAUCGAUACAGCGGAUACAACAGCAGCAACCAUGGCGGAAACUACAACAACUAUCGCAGUGGAAAUAACAAUUAUAACAACCGUGGUGGCAAUAGAGGCUUCAAUGGCAACCGCGUCAACCAGAACGGCAGAAAACUGUAAAAAAAAAAAAAAAAUAUCCAUCUUUUGUUUACCUCAAUGUUACCAAAAAAAAAAAAAAAAAAAAAAAAAGGUCUGAGGUAGCAUAGGGGAUACGCCCACCACUUUAGUUCUUGCUGGAGGAAGAGCUCAAUACACAAGGUCAACACAUCAGUUAAUAUCGUCACUCUUAAUUUACAAACAAUCUCAAUUGUUCAUCGCGAGCCAUGCUCGCUCGAACAAUUUACAAUUAUACCAGGAGU